AUAACGAGCGCGGCCAUGUUGAAUUGUCAACAUUCUGAAAGAAGAGACAAAAGAGUGGAUUUGAAGAAGCAGCGGAUGUUAAAUAAACUUCAUUAAACAGCCGAUAUAACGCUGAGCAUCGACGGAGCCCGAAGAACUUCGGGUUUGUGUGGUAAAUUUGGGACAACAUCGUUUACCGACUGGGUAAAGAGGUAACCUGGAUAUACAUAUUGAUCAGCAAGACCCAAAGCACUUUGCAGACUGCCCUCUCAGGUUCUGCUGCAGAAGCAAAAGGGAAUGAGAAGAAUAUAACCUCAGUGGACUGUUCAUGUUAAAGAAAGGAUUCCUGGAGUGACAUUUGAGCCAGUUUCAAGCUCCAGCAAAUGCUUUUCAAGACUCAUUGAUCACAGAAGCAAAAUUGCACCAGCCCUGAGGUCAUGUUCGCAUUGGCCAUCGUGAAUGUAUAAAUGUAGCAUUUGGACUUGAAAAGCCAAGACACACGAAUAAUACACAAAGUAAACUUGGGAUUCUCAUCACAGCAAGGAUAAGAGUACGCAGUUUAAUUUUUUUGGUCACACAACCUUUGAUUUAUUUAUUCACAUGAAUGUUCUCUUCUCCUUUUUGGAGACGUCUUGUAAAUAGACAUUCAGAUGCAGACUUCUUUUUAAGAGUUCUGAUUGUGGGAUUGUAUACACAGUACACUCUUUGAAAAGAAAAGCUAGGAGAAAGUAUUUUUUAUUUUUCUCCAUUUUUACUUUUUUAUACACGGGUGCAAAACACAAGUUAAAUAGAAGCAAUUAUAAAUUUUACACACUGUAAAGGAAAAAUUGCUAAUGAGGUGAAACCAUGGCUACAGCAAGAACAGCAAACCCAGCACCAAUGAUUGGAUUGAACAAAGCAGCAAAUGGACAGCUCAGAGGGCAGAGCAAGGCUGCAGGACAACCAGGAUUCCUUACAACUGCCCAACACUUCGGUGCCCCACAGAAAAUGAGCAGCAUUCCUCAGAACAGUGGGGGCAUCAAGUUUGGGGAUGACUGGAAGAAGUGCCUGGAGCUUCCUCCAAAAGACACCAGGAUGAGGACUUCGGAUGUGACAUCAACUAAAGGAAAUGAGUUUGAAGACUACUGCCUAAAGCGGGAGCUUCUAAUGGGAAUCUUUGAGAUGGGAUGGGAGAAACCGUCCCCUAUCCAGGAGGAAAGCAUCCCCAUUGCACUAUCAGGCAGGGAUAUUUUGGCUCGAGCAAAGAAUGGCACAGGAAAAAGUGGAGCCUACCUCAUUCCUCUGCUGGAGAGGAUCGAUCUGAAAAAGGAUCACAUCCAGGCCAUGGUAAUGGUUCCGACCAGAGAGUUGGCCCUGCAAGUGAGCCAAAUCAGCAUUCAAAUCAGCAAGCACCUUGGAGUCAAGGUCAUGGCCACCACUGGUGGCACCAACCUGAGAGAUGACAUCAUGCGUCUUGAUGAGAUAGUGCAUGUAGUGAUUGCUACACCAGGCAGGAUUCUGGACCUGAUAAAGAAGGGUAUCGCAAAGGUGGACAGGACCCAAAUGAUGGUGAUGGAUGAGGCAGAUAAGCUGCUGUCCCAGGACUUCGUUGUCCUGAUUGAAGAUAUCAUCAGCUUCCUGCCAAAGAAUCGUCAGAUCCUGCUUUACUCUGCCACAUUCCCCAUCAGUGUGCAAAAAUUCAUGAGUAAACACCUGCAGAAGCCGUAUGAGAUCAACCUGAUGGAGGAACUGACCUUGAAGGGCAUCACCCAGUACUACGCCUAUGUGUCUGAGAGACAAAAGGUCCACUGUCUCAACACACUGUUUUCCAGGCUUCAGAUCAACCAGUCCAUCAUCUUCUGUAACUCCACCCAAAGAGUGGAGCUUCUGGCUAAGAAAAUCACACAGCUGGGCUACUCGUGCUUCUACAUACAUGCAAAGAUGAUGCAGGAGUACAGGAACCGCGUCUUCCACGACUUCAGGAAUGGAAUGUGCAGAAACCUGGUCUGCACAGACCUCUUCACUCGGGGAAUUGACAUCCAGGCAGUGAACGUGGUCAUCAACUUCGACUUUCCCAAAAGUGCCGAGACUUACCUGCACCGCAUUGGCCGAUCAGGGCGUUUUGGUCACCUGGGCCUGGCCAUCAACUUGAUAACAUCAGAGGACCGCUUCAACCUAAAAACAAUCGAGGAUCAACUGAUCACUGACAUAAAACCCAUCCCAGGCAGCAUCGAUAAGAGCCUGUAUGUGGCAGAGUUUCACUCCGUUGAUCCGGACGAUGAUGGAGGAGACACAGAAGCCAAAAUCAAGGAUCUGGGAGCACCUUGAAUAAAUCGUUAGUUG